CCAGCAGCCACGGAGGCCCGUGAACCACCAGCUGAAUGUUGGAGGAGAGCUGGUGGCCCGGCAGUGAAGCGCUUGGCUGCUAACUGAAAGCGUCGUGGCAGGGACCUCCCAGUGGCUCUGUGGGAGAAAGGUCCGGCGAUAGGUGACAGCCUAGCAAGGCCUCUGGGGAGUCCCACUCUGCCCUGCAGAGUCAGCCCGUGGCCCCCAAUACCAUCCGAGAAGUGGCCGGCCUAGUGACAAAUGGGAUCGGGGGACCGAGCGGGCCCUGAGCUCUGACACCGAGCUUUUUAAAAUAGGAACUUGGCCCUCCAAAGCAGAAGGCAUGCCUGCUGGCUCCCAUGUGUUGUCAGAUAAGACUGUGGGCUGCUGCUUCUGAGAACCGACCAGGGACAGGAGGUGACACUGCAUAACCAGCCCGAAGCCAGGACACUCAGCGUGCUCCGGGCUCCACCAUCAUGAGAGGCUCCGGUGCCCCCGACCACGAGCCCACGGCCCUCUUAGCCAAGGCGCUUUAUGACAACCUCCCUGACUGCUCCGACGAGCUGGCCUUCUGCAGGGGAGACAUCUUGACCAUUCUGGAGCAACACGUGCCAGAGAGCGAGGGCUGGUGGAAGUGUGUGCUCCGCGGCAGGCAGGGCCUGGCCCCCGCCAACCGCCUGCAAAUGCUGACCAAGGCGCCCACAGCCAGGCCCUGGCCCCCUCACCCGGGUGGCCUGGAGGUGGCCAGCCCCGAGGAAGCCUACCAGGUGCCCUCCCUGCUCGCCCCUCCGCCUCCAGGUCCAGUCUACGAGCACAUGCGGAGCUGGGUGGAGACGCGCCCCCCACCCAGUGCCCAGCUGUACGAGAUCCCGGACCCACCUGCCAGCGCCAGGAUCAUCUGUGAGAAAGCACAAAGCUUUCAGAAGCAGGUCUCCAUCACGCUCCCCAGGCCCAUGGUGGCCUCGCUGCCCAUGAUGCCCUCCCAGGUGUAUGACGUCCCCACCCAGCGCCGGGCGCACCCCGCCAGCACAGAGCCCGAGAAGCCGCAGUUAUAUGACAUUCCCACCAGCCCCCAGAAGGCAAUACUGGCACCACGAGGCAGCCAAGCCAGCAAACAGGGCGUGCCCCGGGCAUCGCAGGCCAUGCAGAGAGGUGACUACAGCACACUCCCGAGCCCUCUGAAGCCAGCGCACACUUUCGACCACUUGGAGUCACCGGAAAAAGGCAGUGUUACGAGCUCACCCCUAAGCAGCGUGGUGGAAGAAGCGAGGCCCCGUCCUGCCCCCAGGUUCAUCCUCGCUUACGGGUCCCUGGAUAGCAGGUCCCAGAGUCAACAACGGUACAGAGAUUUAUCCAGGCAGAAAAAACUCAGUCUCCCCGAAAUCCCUUCUUCUGAUCUCCCAGUGCCCAGGGAUGAAGGGGUCAGCUACAAGGUACCCUCAAGCUUCCUGAUCCCCCGAGUAGAGCAACAGAACACCAAGCCAAACAUUUAUGACAUCCCUAAGGCGAUGGCCAGUGCCCCUCAGGGGGCAGCAGAGCUGGACAAAGCAGCCGGGGUCGCAGAGAUGUGUGUGGACCACAGCUGCCCCAGGCUCUCCGCCCAGGUGACUGCCUCUCCCGAGCCAGACAGCUUGUGGGCCUCGGGGUCGGGCAGCAGCAGGGCCAGCCUGUGCUCCUCCACGUCCACCGAGUCCUCCUCCAGUUCGUCCUCCGAGGAGUUGCCCAAGGAGCUGCCUGUGGACCCACACACGGCCAAGGAGAUGGUGACCGCCCUGCAGCACAAGGUGGCCCUCGCCGUGGAGGGCCUGCUGCUCUUCGUCAGCAGGAAGUGGCGAUUCCGACAGUUCCUGGAGGCCAGCCUGGACGCCGUGCACCGGGCUGUGGACCACACAGAGGAAUCGCUGAGGGAAUUUCUGGAUUUCGCCCGGGGAGUCCGGGAGACAGCCAGUAACCUCAGCGACUGUAGCCUGCAGGUACGAAUGAAAGAUCAGCUCCACACCAUCUCCUGCUCCUACCAGGUCCUGCUGGAGACCAAGCAGAACCUGGACCGCUGCCACUGGUCCCUGGAGGCCCUUGUGACAGACAAGGUCCAGAACAGCCCCGAUGACCUGGAGAGGUUUGUCAUGGCGGCACGGAUGGUUCCAGAAGACACCAAGAGGUUUGCCUCCAUGGUCAUUGCCAAUGGAAGGCUCCUUUUUAAGCAGAGCUCUGAAAAGGAGGAGCCGCAGCCGUGGACCGUAAACUCUGAACAUCAGCUUGAAAAAUGCACCCAGUCCCCCCAGAGAGAAACGGAGCCCCUCCAGACGUGUGCGCCUUCUGAUCAGCAGAAGGAGAACGACCCCUCCCACGAAGGAGGCAUGGAACUCGGGACCAGUACCUGUGGACAGGUGCCCGGCCCUGGGGUCACCCUGCCGCUCCACCUUUCCCAACACUGCCGCCUCUAUUUCGGGGCUCUCUUCAAAGCCCUCGGCGUGCUGGCGGGCAGCCUCAGCCACGGCCAGCCGCCGGAGACCUUCAUCACGCACAGCAAGCUGGUCAUCGUGGUCGGGCAGAAGCUGGUGGACGCGCUGUGCAAGGAGACGCAGGAGCGGGACGCGCGCAACGAGGUCCUGCGCGGCAGCAGCCACCUCUGCAGCCUGCUCAGGAACGUGGCGCUGGCCACCAAGGACGCCGCGCUCCGCCACCCGAGCCCCGCCGCCCUGCAGCACCUGCAGGCCCAGGCCCAGAAGCUGGAGCAGCACGCGCGUCACUUCCGCGGGGUGCUGGAGUGAGGACUUCCGGCGCCCCCUUCCUUCCCCUGUCACCUCUCAGCCUCAGCUUCGCGCGCCCAGCCCCCGUGCUGCUCGGCCCGGUGGGUCACGCCAACGGGCUGCCCCCCAAAGCCGGGAUCACCACGCUGCUAAGCAGCCUCAGCGCAGCCCUGGUGGCGCAGUGGUUAAGUGCUCAGCCGCUCACCAGGAGGUCAGCAGUUCGAACCCACCAGCCUCCCCGAGUCGGGGAAGCUUCUGGCCGUCGGCUUCGAUCACGGUGGCAGCCUGGGGAACCCGGUGGGACAGCUCUCUGUCCCACUGGGUCACUGGGCGUGGGAGCCCGGUGUAAGCAACCCCAUGGACAUUGGCCAAGCCCACCCCGCAGAGAGGACUGGGUCGGAAAGAAGGCCCCUCGGCGUGUGAAAGAUGCUCCCGAAAUGUCCAUUGACAUCCAUGCGUGCUACACCUGUUCAGUCCCUUCGCUCCCUUAGCUCUGGCCGCCUCCUCCGCGGGGACUUCUGGGUGCUGCCGACUGAAGAGUCAGGCACGGGGCACGGGGCCUGCCCACGUGGGAUUUACAGUCCGGUGGUGCGGGACUGCACCAACCAUCGAGAAAAUGGACUCGCUUUCCCAUGGCUCAUUUCUCUUGCCUUCAUGAGAAAAUGUGAUGUAGAAUUAGCUCUGUGACUUGGUGCACAUUGUGUACACUUCCUCCUCAUUUAUUGACCACCUCAUUAUCCAACCUAUCACGUCUAGGAAAAUCCCAAACCAAACCCACUGCAGGCAAGUUGAUUGUGACCCAAAGGGAUGCUGAUGGUUACAGUGCACAACUCCUAACCCAUAGGUCAGCGGUUUGAACCCACAAGCCACUCAGUGGCAGGAAGAGGUGGCUGCCUUCUCCCGUAACAGAUUUAUAUCCUUAGAAACCCUGAGAGGCAUUUCUAGUCUCCCCUGUGGGCUCAACGGUUCCUUUACCUCAACAGUGAGAAAAAAGAAAUCGGACUGUUUUGUGCAAUAACAAAUACCCAGAUGAAAGGUGAGCUUAUGCUGACUGUCAUGGUCAAGGCUCACGUGACCACAUGUCACCUUGGCUAAGCCAAGGGACCUCAGUGGUUUGGACAGAAUUUGCUGUUUUGUAAUGAUGUCAUCAUCCUCCCAUUGUGUGAUGGGAUGUCUUCCUCCUCCAUUUUUGUAUAAUGCUGAUUUUAGCGUAAGCACCUGGUCUUUGGAAACUACGCCUGACAAUAAGUAGUGUCUUUGUGUCUUGCACCAAAAACAAGAAAAGAAAGAAAGAUGUGUUUAAUAGACUAUAUAUACACAUGUGGAAACCAGACCAGUUGAC